CCCGCGACGCCCGCGACCAGAGCGCGUCGUCGGGCGACGAGACCGAGCCCGGGCCUGGCAAGGAGAACGCGGGCCUGCCCCGCGCGCCCCCGCCCCGCCCCGCCGCCGUGCGCCCCCCGCGCCGCCGCCGCCGCGAGUCCAGCUCGCAGGAGGAGGAGGUCAUCGACGGCUUCGCCAUCGCCAGCUUCAGCACGCUCGAGGCCUUGGAGAAGGACAUGGCCCUGAAGCCACAUGAGCGGAAGGAGAAAUGGGAACGUCGCCUUGCCAAGAAGCCCCGCGAGUCAGAAAACUGCCCAUCCGCAGAACCAAGUGAGAAUGGGCGUCCCCUGGAGAUCGUCAGUCCCGAGCAGGACCUGGAGCCUGCCUGCGACCGGGGGAAGAAGAAGGUCCCACUGCAGCCCACCAAGCAGGUGUGCUCCCCAGAAGGGGGGCCGCUCCCAGCCAACCACUGGGACCAGAACGGCCCGGCCCAGCGCCAGCAGCAGCUCCAGCCCAGCCAGCCCCAGGGGUCACUCCCAGCCCCGUGUCAGCGCUGCCAGCCCCGUCGGGCUCUCCCGGACCCCGGGCAGCCCUGCCAGCCCCAGCGGCCACUCCCGGGUCAGCGCAGCUGGCCCCAGCGGUCACUUCUGGGCCCAAGACAGCCCUGCCAGCCCCGGCGGUCACUUCUGGGCCCGGGCCAGCCCUGCCGGCCUCAGCGGCUGCUUCCAGCCCCAGAGCAGCCCUGCCGGCCCCAGCAGUCCCUCCUGGCUCAGCCCUGCCGGCCACGUUGGGCGCUCCUAGGCCCUAGGCAGCGCUGCCGGCGCCUGCGCUCCCUCCUGGCCCCCUGGCAGCGCUGCCGACCCCUGCGCUCCCUGCUGGCCCCCUGGCACCGCUGCCGGCCCCUGCGCUCCCUCCUGGCCCCAUGCCACCUCUGCCGGCCCCUGCGCUCUCUGCUGGCCCUCUGGCACCGCUGCUGGCCCGUGCGGUCAUGGGUGGCCCCCUGUCUCCGUGGCCAGCCCAGCAGGGCAUCCUCAGGACAGCGGUGCCGGCCCCCGCAGUCACUUCUCCUGCUGCGUCCACGCCGCCGACCUGCCAGCUCACUUUCAGUCCAGUGCUGCUGCCCCCGGCGCACUCUCUUAGCCCCUUGCCAGCCCCGGAGGUCCCUUCUGGGCCAGCCCAGCUGCCCCCAGGGGUCACUGCUGGGCCUCAGCCAGCCCCAGCAAUUAGUAGAAGCCCCAGAGCACCCUGGCCCCCCAAAACCUUCACUGCUGGGCCCUGGACAGCCAUGCCAACAGAAGCGGCCACUCCUGGGCCCAGAACAGCCUCACCCGCCCAAGCGGCCACUCCUGGGCCCAGAACAGCCCUGCCGACGAAAGCGGCCACUCCUGGGCCCCGAGCAGCCCUGCCAGCCCCUGCAGUCCCUUCUGGGUCCCAGCCAGCCCUGUAAACCCCAGCCGUUACUCCCCAUCCCUGAGCGCCCGUCGCUCCUAGGCCGGCCAGCCCCGCCCCGUCGGCCCCUCCUGGGGCCCCCGAGCCAGCCACGGCGGUCACUGCUGGAAUUGGUUCGGGCCCAUCAGCCGCAGCUCUCACUCCUGGCACUGGGCCGUCCCUGCAGGCCCCUGAGGUCACGACGGACUCGAUCUUCCACCCCUGCGGUGGCCCGCCAGGCCCCGUCUGUGAGUCCUGGAGCCUGAUGCCCGUUUUCUCGGCCACCCUGGGUGUGGCUGUGCUGGGCAGAUGUGCUGCCAGCCUGGCCAGAGGCCUUCUCCAGACAGGCCGGGCUGUUUGCGGUUGGAAACUGAGGCUCAGCAGAGGCAGCCCCUGCAGGGCCGCUACCAGGCUGAGGCCCACCUGCACCAGGAAGAGAGGAGAGGACCCCCAGCGUCUUCCCACCUCCCUGCCAUGCCUGCCCCCGUCGUGCCGGCUACUUUGGGAUGCGCACGCUCCUAGGAGAGUGGACACGGCUGCCCCCAAGGGCUCGGGCUUAUUGGAGGCCUUCCUCAGUGUCUCUCUGUGCCUCUGAAGUGCCCACGUGUCCUUGUAUGUCAGCGCCUGUGCACGCCCAGCCCGGGUGUGGGUGCGUGUAUGUGGUGUGUGUGCAUACGUGUUGUGGGGGCUGCCAGCGCAGGCCUCGCGCUCCUUGGGCCCUAACCCAUUUGCCAGUGUGCAUUCCAUGCCCCUAGGCAGAAUGUGGGCCCGGCUGGAGCCAGGCCACAGGUCCCGCUCACCUCCCCUCAGGCGAAGGGCGAGGAUGUGUGUGCAUCUCCAGGGUUCUGUGAAGGCAGGGAGGGGACACGGGGCACUCAGGGCUGUCUGUGGCCAAGUAGGAGCUGCUGGUGACAGGAGGGUGUCCCCCCCACCCCCCCAACUCUGCCUCCACCCCAGUGGCUAGGGACUGAAGUGGAGGCAGAGUCUCCCGUCCCCCCAGCUCUGGACCAGGAGGGCCGGGGCCAUUCUUGGAAUGCCUCCUCCUGGCCUCCCACUCAGCCCGUGCAGCUGUCCAGCUGUUGGCCCCCCAGGACAUUCCCUGUCGGGACAGACCUCACACUACAGGGCUUUUUCUGCCCUCCGCCCAUCCCAGACCCAUGCCGAGGGGUCGCCCGUUCCUCACCCCAGACCCCUGGCUCAGGGCAGUCCCACACUGGUGCUCCUGGAGUCCUGGGCAUAAGGCAAGAGCUCAGCUCUGACCCUGCAGAAUUUGAGGGCCUCUGGAGAAGGGGGCUGCAGCCCCUUCUGGACAGCCACAUCAGCCACUUAGGGGUGCACCCCCCCCCCGCCCACCCCAUUUGCUCAUGAGGACACUGGCCCUCCGGGGUCCCCACUGGCUGGGUGUGGGGGCCGCCCAACGCCCACAGCAGGGCUCGCAGGCAUCUGGUCCUCACCAGGGUCUCCCAGAAACGCGGGGCUUAUUUUUCCGAUUAAAGAAAAUAAAAAGUGCCGUGCCAUUAUUUUUAU